CCGCAUUCUCUCGGUAGCCGCUGUCAGCAGUGGAAGUGUCAGAAGCGAGUACUCGCGCGGUCGCGUACUUGCGCGAAUCGAAUAUCAAUCGAAAGUGUGUUGCAGCAGUAACAACAGCAUUUUUUCCCGUGUAUGUGUGUGUGCGUGUGUGGGGGAGUGCAAUAUUGAGUUGCUUUUUUAAAUUCCAAUAAUUGGGUGUGAAUAACACGAGUUUUGGCAGUAAAGUUCAACUAGUGCUGAAUGCGAGGAAGAAAUACAAGCAACAAAAAAAAUCGUCAUCAAGCAAAAAGUGCUACAGUGUGCUCCAAUUUAAACCCCGGAGAGGGAUUCGACGACACGCCGCCGCCGUCUCCGUAGACGGUAACGUCACCUCAAGUGGUGAAUUUGUCAAGACCAAAAUAGAUCCGGCCGACCGGCGAUUGAAAUAUAGAUAUUCGCCCAGGACGGCCCAGUAACCCCGAACAGCUGCUGUCCCCCGUGAAGAUCGUACUACGGCGGUGAGAACGAGUGGCUGGCAGAAACCUCAUCAGCCGCCAAGAUGAGUCGCACUGACAACAACUGGAACGUCAAAACUCUUCUCCCGCAUCUUUUCAGAAUCUACAUCGUGACAUGGAACGUGAGCACAAAAUUCCCCGACAACAUCUCGCUGAACAAACUGCUCGGCCUGGAAGCGUCCGCCCAGUCGGACGCGGACCUGCCCGACUUUUUCGUCUUUGGUCUCCAGGAGGUGAACGCCCAGCCCCAGAACACGCUGUACAACCUGUUUAAGGACGACCUUUGGACGCAAAAGUUCAAGGAUCUGCUCAAGGAUCGGGACUACGUGGUGAUCAAAACGGAACAGAUGCAGGGUCUGCUGCUGUCGGUGUUUGCCCGGCGGAAACAUUUGCUGCAUCUGCGGCAGGUGGAGACGGAGUAUACGCGGACGGGGCUGGGCGGCAUUUGGGGCAACAAGGGCGCCGUCAGCAUCCGGCUAAACGUGUACGGCUGCUCAAUCUGUCUGGUCAACGCGCAUCUGGCCGCGCACGAUCACAUGCUGGAGGAGCGCAUCAACGACUACGAGAAGAUCGUCCAGGAGCACAAGUUCCACGUCAAAGCCAAGGAGGCCAUCUUCGAUCAUGACUACGUGUUCUGGUUCGGCGAUCUGAACUUCCGGUUGACGGGCGAGGCGACCACCUCGGCGGAGGAGAUCCGCGCCAUGGUCGCACGGGACGAGCUCAAGAAGCUGAUCGAGAAGGACCAACUGCUGCUGGUUCGGCGGGAGGGCCGGGCGUUCCAGAAGCUGCAGGAGCGACUACCGCAGUUUCCCCCGACGUUCAAGUUUGAGCACGGCAGCAGUGAAUACGACAUGAAGCGACGACCCGCGUGGACCGAUCGGAUACUGUACGCCGUCCGGGAGAACACCUACCAGAACGUCAAGCUGACGGUCGAGCAGACCUCGUACAAGAGUCACCCCAGCUACAACAUCAGUGACCACAAGCCGGUGUCGAGUGAAUUCACCAUCAAGGUGAUGCGCAAGCCGCAGUACAGUGGUGAGCGGUUCCGGGAGCACCACUACCAGCGGCUCAGCUACCGGCUGGCCAUCGCCAACGGUACCGAGUCCGUGGCCCAGUUGCACUCAUUUGAUGACCUCGUUUCCGAUUUCAUUGACGGCGGUGGCGUUGGCGCAACAUCGGCGCAGAUCUACGAGGACACAACCGAGCGGACCGUGGUCUUCAAGCCGAUCGAGCUGUGGCUGGUGGGCGAGCAGAACCGCAUCGAGUACACCAUUCCGGCCGGGUUCGAGGAGGGCACCGCGGACUGGAUCGGCAUUUAUCGGGAGGACUUUACCAGCCUGAACGAUUACCUGGCGUACGAGUACACCGAGUCGUGCAAAGAGCACAAGCAGCACCAGAUGAACGAACAGCAGACCCAAUACCUGAAGAACGCCCGCACGAUGGAGCUGACCUUUUCGGAGAACGUGAAUGUCCCCCUAGGCGUGCGCUACCAGCUGCUGUACUUCCAGAGCACGGGCUCGCGGGGCGUAACGGGCCUCGUCGGCAUCAGCAACACCUUCGCCGUGGAGAAGCGCUGCCCGUCGCCUUCGUUUGACGACAUUGAUUGACUGAAGGUGCACCAGCAGCAGGAUCAACGGCGACGGGCCAGCUGCUCCAGCGUUACCGAUUCCCCCGGAAGGUCACGUUACUGAGGGCUGAUAGUGACCAUCCUUUUUGUUUCGUUGCUAGAAUUAGGGCCCACUUCUCGCCUGGGGGGCGCACCCGAGUGUGAUAAAUGAUAGUCACUAAAGUUAGAGAUGCUGAAAAAAUCCCGUUUUAUAGAGCAAAACACGCAGUUGUUACUUGAGAAAUGGCCUUUUUACUGAUAUAGUUCCCAAUUCAAAGAGCUAGAACCGCAGAAAAUUGCAACUAAAAUGUAAGGUUUGUGCAAUCGCUACAAAUGUCCACUUUCACAGUGAGCUUUAAAACCAUGCAGUACAGUAAGCUUAAAAAAACAGCGCCACUAUUCCGUUCCGUGUGCUGAAGCAGAGUUUGCACCACUUUGGUGUUUGGAAGCCAAUGUGUGACCAAAAAUGUGAAACUUUACUGUACCAACUUGAUUCAAAAAAUUCUAAACUGUAGAAUAGUGCACGUCCUGUUGCCAAAAUUUGGCAAUUCGGUCAAGGGGUUUAGAAAAAAAAACUAGUUUAAGGUCGUCUAGGACGAUACAUUAGAUGUUCGCAAUAGUUUUCUUCUUUAUUAAGAUUUAGGUGUACAAUUUGUUGAUUUCCCACCCGUUUCUCCCCCUUAAAAUAUGUAUUUUUGAAAAAUGAAAUAAAAUGUUUAUUUUUUGUUGAAUAGAUUCGUUGUGAACACAAGUCAGAUAAAAAACACUACAAACUUAAAUAAUGCAAACUAAUGUAAGACAGUUUCAGUCCGACUAUCAAAUAAAUUGAUCUACAAGUUCCACAGUUUCCAAUAUAUUCAAAAUCAAAUACGAAUCAUUACCAACCAAGCCCCGAGUAGCAGUGCACAGUUGUUUGAGAGAGACGGAAGUCAGUAGAUGUAAUUCUUAGUCUCACACAACUAGCAUUUGUUACUUGAAGAGAAAUAGCUAUAUCCCGUUGAACACGCUUAAAGAACUACACAUCUCUUGAAAUAGAGCGCACUUCUAGCGAAUAAAAUGAGUUGAAAGUAAAAAUAAA